AUGUGCAAAGAAUGUCUCUGUCGUCACAAAAAGCUGUGUCUACUACUCGUCUGGCUUGCCUUUGUCCUUUUCCUUUGCCUCGUCGUCGUCCUUGGAUCCCUUUCUCCAGAUGAUCGAGCUCAUCCAUUUGCACAUAAUCAAUCAAAGACAAUUCCACCUCAAUCACUUCUCCUUCCACAACAAUCUCCUCCACAACUUUCGGCUGUUCUUCUGAAUACGUCGUUGGUUGGAUAA